AUGGCUGCCCGGGUGGUGCUGGACGAGUUCACGGCGCCCGCCGAGAAGGCGGCGCUGCUGGAGCGGAGCCGCGGCCGCAUCGAGGCUCUGUUCGGCGUGGGCCUGGCGGUGCUCGGCGCCCUCGGGGCGGAGGAGCCGCUGCCCGCGCGCAUCUGGCUGCAGCUCCGCGGCGCGCAGGAGGCUGUGCACAGCGCCAAGGAAUAUAUCAAAGGAAUUUGUGAGCCUGAACUGGAGGAGAGAGAAUGCUACCCCACGGCCAUGCACUGCAUUUUUGUAGGGGCACAGAGUCUGUUUUUAAAGAGCCUAAUUCAGGAUACUUGUGCUGACCUCUGCGUUUUAGACUUCGGGCUUCUUGGCAUCAGAGGAAGCGCUGAGGCUGUGGUCAUGGCCAGGAGUCAUAUUCAGCAGUUUGUAAAGCUCUUCGAGAAUAAUGAGAACCUGCCCAGCAGUCAGAAGGAGUCAGAAAUCAAACGGGAAUUCCGACAGUUUGUUGAAGCCCAUGCUGACAAUUAUACAAUGGAUUUGUUGAUUUUGCCCACUUCCUUGAAAAAAGAACUACUGAGUCUCACACAAGGUGAAGAGAAUCUGUUUGAAGCAGAAGAUGAUGAUGUCAUUAAAACUGGAGAUAUUCAACCUCCAGAGUUGAUGCAGAAUGCUGCCCCAGGACCGAGUAUUGCUAGAGAGGAAAGUGUUUUACAAGAAGAGUCCAGAAAUAAAGCUAGGACCCCUGUUUCUGAGCUCACAAAACAAAUGGAUGCAGUCUUUCCUAGCUCUGCAGAUGUGCUCUUUGUCCCAGUAAAUGGUCUAAAUCCAGAUGAAGAUGCACUUUCCAUGGACAAAGUUUGUCACAAGAGGAGGUCUUCUGAUACAGAAGAAAGGCACACCAAGAAGCAGUUUUCCUUGGAGAAUGUUGUAGAAGGGGAGCUUCUGCAAGAUGGCAAGGCCUCAGAUGGAAAUGAAGUCCUUGACCCAUGUGACACUGCUGCUUCCAACUCUCCAAAUCUAAGCCCCGAUGGGAAAGACACCACGGAAGAAAUGGAGUACAGCAUCCUUGUAAACUUCUUCAGAACCAUGGGCUACUCCCAAGAGAUUGUCGAGAAGGUCAUCAAGGAGUACGGGCCAUCUACAGAGCCCUUACUGCUCUUGGAGGAGAUUGAGAAAGAGAACAAAAGGCUCCAAGGAGACAGAGUGUUUGCACCUUGCACUGUGUGUCCAGAUGCCGCUCAGAGAAGUGCAGGUGUCUGCAGCAGCACAAAUGAGCUCACAGCAGAUUCAACUCCAAAGAACACACAGAGUCACACAGAGCAAAACAUGGUGGAAAAAUUUUCCCAGUUACCGUUCAAAGACUCUAAACCAUGUACCUCAAAUUGCAGAGUUAAUUCUUUCAGAACAGGGCCAGUAGGACAGAAACAUGAAAUGUGGGCCUCAAACCAGAACUACAGUUGUAAUGUAGACCUUGAGACUGAUGGCCUCCCACCGUCUGUUGCCUCUUCUAGUCCUAAAGAAGUCAGCUUCAUUUCGAGGGGAGCUACAGGUCACCCCCAGAGAAGCCCAGCUGUCCCUGAAAAUGGCUUUCAACAGCAAGCAGAACCCUUGCUUCCCAAUAAUGCAAAGGCUGCCUGUGAGAAACGUUCUGGCUGCUGUAGCUCUCCUCAGCCUAAGCCACACUAUUCCCCACCACCGCUGCCCCAGCUGUUACCUUCAGCUACCGAUACACGAUGGGCAGGGGCCUUUGAGCAUAUGGAUUCCUCCGUUACGGGGGUUCAGAGAUUUCGAGAUACCCUGAAAACACCGUACAAGCUGGAAUUAAAAAAUGAACCAGGGAGAGCUGAUUUGAAGCAUAUUGUUAUAGAUGGGAGUAAUGUUGCAAUUACCCAUGGUCUGAAAAAGUUCUUUAGUUGCCGUGGGAUAGCAAUUGCAGUUGAAUAUUUUUGGAAGCUUGGCAACAGAAACAUCACUGUGUUUGUCCCACAGUGGAGAACAAGGCGCGAUCCUAAUGUCACAGAACAGCACUUCUUAACCCAACUCCAGGAGCUUGGAAUAUUAUCUUUAACUCCUGCCCGGAUGGUCUUUGGAGAACGGAUCGCUUCUCAUGAUGACAGGUUCCUGCUACACUUAGCGGACAAAACUGGGGGCAUAAUUGUAACAAAUGAUAACUUCAGAGAGUUCGUGACUGAGUCGGUGUCCUGGAGAGAAAUUAUUACAAAAAGGCUGCUUCAGUACACGUUCGUGGGGGACAUAUUUAUGGUUCCUGAUGACCCUCUGGGAAGAAACGGACCUCGGCUAGAUGAAUUUCUUCGAAAGGAGGGCUUUCUUAGAGACAUGCAGCCGCUACUCAAUGCCCUGCCAGAUGUGGGCACGUUCGAUCCUGGCUUCCGGAGCCCCAACACCCAAGUAGCCAACACCAGCCACCAGCCUCCAUCCCGGAACCAGGGAGCCUCUUCAGGCCCUUGGCUUCCUCAGCAGCCCCACUUCACACCCCUGGCCACCGUUCCCAGUAUGCAGCAGAACCUUCUCGUACCAGCACAGAGAUCUUCCGCAGAGACCAGCGAGCUGAGGGCGGCCCUGCUGAAGAUCUUCCCUGACUCUGAGCAAAAACUGAAGAUCGACCAGAUCCUGGUAGCUCAUCCAUACAUGAAAGACCUGAAUGCCCUUUCUGCCCUGGUACUGGACUGAAGAGCUGAGAGCCCACUGCUGAUGGGGACCAAAGGGAGCUGCCAACUGUGGAGUCCCGUACUGAGGAGAAGCUUUCCAGAGUGCACAGUGCUGCUCUCGGUAGGAGAAGAAAGGGAUGUGUUUGAUAUAUACAAAAGUCUGGAUUUUCAAAGCCAGCUUUUUUCUAUAUAUAAAUUAUGCUGCUAUUACAGAUUGAACAUUUUCUGUAAAAGAAAAGUACAUUUUCUGCCUGUUCAGAACUGUUUAAUAGCAGUUACUCUUGAGUGUAUUUACAACUUUAUGUUUUUUAAACUAUUUUCCUUAAAGCUGAAGAAAAAUUGACAAAUGAAUAUGGUUAGCCUUUCUAAAUAAAAUUAAAAAA